ACCGGAAGGCCUGAACCAGCUAUUUGCCACGAACCUAUAUAAACAAAAUUCCAAAAUCAUUUCACAUUCAUGUAUCUUCAUUCAAUGCCAACGGCAUACAAACACGUUUUCCUGCUUUAAUUAUUUCAUUUUCUACCGUUUCUGUCUGUCUUCUGCACUCUCUGCUGAGGUUCCCAACACUGCUAAUUUCUCUUCGUUGGAUCCACACAAUCACACACUAAGUCACCCGUGUUUCUUUUGUAGCUGGAAUACUCCACACAUUCUCCAUUUUUAAUCAAGAAAAAUCAGAAAUGUUUCCUGAAACACUAGCUAUUCCUGCAAUACUCCUUGUGGUAUUCAUAUUUGUUGUAUCAGUUGCUGUGUUGAAAGCAAAACAAGGCCAAGAUAAUGGAAAACAUCCACCUGGUCCCAAGCCCCUGCCAGUUAUUGGUCAUCUCCACAUGCUAGGGAAAUUACCACACCGCACCCUUCAAUCCCUUGCAGCAAAAUAUGGACCUAUAAUGUCCUUAAAGCUAGGACAGGUUCCAACCAUUGUGAUAUCUUCACCAGAAACAGCUGAACUAUUCCUCAAGACUCAUGACAUUACUUUUGCUUCCAGGCCUAAAAGCAUCUCAUCCCAUUAUAUUUCCUAUGGUGGUAAAGGCUUAGUUUUUUCUGAGUAUGGUCCCUACUGGCGCAACAUGAGGAAACUCUGCACAGUACAACUUCUGAUUGCAUCAAAAGUUGAGAUGUAUUCUCCUUUGAGAAGUGAGCUGUUGACAGAGUUUGUCUGCUUUCUGCAGAAGACAGCAUCAUCACAUGAGGUUACGGAUGUCAGUGAUACUGUAGGGGAUCUCAUUGAGAAUCUCACCUUUAAAAUGAUCUUUGGUCGCAGUAAGGACGAUAGAUUCGAUGUAAAGAACCUUGUUCGAGAGGUACUGAACUUGGCAGGAACUUUCAAUGUUGCAGAUUACUUGCCUUGGCUACGCAUGUUCGACCUUCAGGGACUAGUAAAACGAUUAAAGAAAGCGAGUAAAUCAUUUGACGUAGUCAUGGAGCAGAUUAUCAAAGACCACGAACAGUAUUCUGAUAAAGAACAAAAGGGCCAAAAGGAUUUUGUGGACAUAUUACUUGCACUUCUGCAUCAACCCCUGGAUCCUCAGGAUGAACAUGGUCCGGUGAUUGAAAGAACACAUAUCAAGGCUAUUGUGAUGACUAUGAUUAUUGCAGGAGUUGACACAUCUGCCACAACGGUUGAGUGGGCCAUGUCAGAACUCUUAAAGCAUCCAAGGGUGAUGAAGAAACUUCAAGAUGAGUUGGAAAGUGUGGUGGGGAUAAGUAGAAAGGUGGAGGAAACUGAUAUGGAAAAGUUGACUUAUUUGGACUUAGUUGUGAAGGAGACACUAAGGUUGUACCCUGUUGCACCUUUGCUGGUACCUCGUGAGUGUAGAGAAGAUGUUACUAUAAAUGGUUACUGCAUAAAGAAAAAGUCAAGGGUGAUAGUGAAUGCAUGGGCUUUGGGGAGAGAUUCUAAAGUUUGGUCAGAUAAUGCUGAGGAGUUUUGUCCUGAAAGAUUUUCCAAUAGCAAUGUGGACAUAAAAGGAUUUGACUUUAGACUCAUACCAUUUGGUUCAGGUCGCAGAGGGUGCCCUGGGAUUCAUUUGGGUCUCACCACUGCUAAGAUUGUUCUGGCUCAAUUGGUUCAUUGCUUCAAUUGGGAGCUUCCUUUGGGCAUGUCCCCUGAUCAAUUGGACAUGACUGAGAAAUUUGGUCUUACAAUGCCAAGAAGUAAGCAUUUGCUAGCUGUGCCAACUUAUCGCCUAGCAGAUGAAAUUGGAAAGCAAUAAAUUAUGCAGAUCAGGCUAAUUGCUAAAUAUAGUUUUCUCAUAGUUCUGUCUAUUUCUUUUUUUUUUAACACAGUUUUACAAUAUUCCUGCACCAGUCUGUAUACUCACUGGGUCAAACGACUGUGUUUGAAAGAUUCAUAGCAUGGUUCAAUAAAAAACAGAAGACAAGUAUCUUCUUAAUAUUA